CGUACGUCUGUUUGAGAGCUGAGAGUUUACGUAGCCAGAGAACAGCUUUAAGGGGUCUGUGUGUCCUCGUCCCUACAGUACAAUAUGCUGUACACUGCCAGCAGCAGCUGCACUGUUACUUCCAUGUCUUGACCAGUAUGGGUAGAUGGAAACUGUGGUUUGUUCCGCUUCUGCCGCUAACGUUUUGUAUCGACAGCAAAGAGAUUCUUGUGAAAACCAUUGGGAGUGAACCAGAUGUCACUCCAAUAUGCACCAACACUACACUGAGUAUCAUCACACUGAUAGUGUGUAAGAUCAGCACAGAGAGGAGCCGGGGAGCAGAGUGUACUCUGCUGUAUCGACAUGGACGGGGCUUUGUGCACGAAUGUGACUCCAGGUUCACACUUAUGACAAAGAAUCAGACUGUGUUUCUCCACCUGACCAGUUUAAAACCAGAGGACAGAGGGAACUACACCUGUGAGUGUUCACAUCCUGGUGGAACAAAUAUUCUCCAUCUGAAUAUCACUGUGGAAGACGAUGAACACGCCGGCAGUUCAACACAAAUGCCAAUUCCGAGUGCUGUUAUUGGUGUAACUAUAGUCAUCAUUAUAACUGGAGUUAUCCUUUGGUUUAUCUACAUAGGAAUACAUCAUGGAAGACAACCAGAACCACUGAGUAGUCGUCCGAACAUGGAGCCACACGACAUCGAGCCGUACAGCACCUUCAUACGGAGAGAGAGUGGGCUUUAUUCGACUGCAUGUCUCUAACACUAAUACUAAUAAUUCAAACAUGUUUACCAGAGAGGACACACAUAGCUUCAGUUAUACUAUAUCUGUUCCUGGUGAUGCAUGUUUUACUGUUGAAUCACAAGUGAAACAGAGCCUGUUGUCCACAAGGUGGCACUCUUUUGCUAUGUGACAACUUCUGUAUUUCACUCACCUAUAGUAUUCCUAUCAGUGUAUUUUACUCGAACUAGAACUUUUGUAAUUGCAGUCUAUCCUUUAUGUAAGCUUAAUGCCUCAAAUUGAGCACAGUAAGGACUUUACACUGUUAUUAUAUUAUACUGUAACAAUGGCCAGAAUCAACUAAAUAUCUAACAAAGUUGUUGUUUAUUCUUUGUUGUCUUGAUGUCAAAUCUGACUGACAAAGUUCAAAUAGUUCAGUGUUUUUCAUCUAAAACAAACAACCUCUUUUUUUUAAUCUCUAAAUCAGAUUCUGAAUAGAAAAUAAAUAUAAUUUCCAAUUAGAAUAACCAACAAAGCACUCAGGCUUUGUCUCUGAACUAUGAUGUGGCCAUUUUUAAUUCGUUAUCAUUGUAGCAGGGGAGUGAUGCUUUUAUUGUAGAUUUUAGAUUUUUUGAUUUUAUUGUAAUCCCUGCUUAGAUGUUUGUGUUAUCUGUCUUCUGCCAAUGCAGGAAAGGAAUUUUGUCCACUUAUUUGUAACAUUGUUUUUGUGUGAAAAUGUGUCCUUUGGUGACUUGAGUGCACAUACGAAUAAUACAUACUGUAAAU